AUGACUCCACUCGUCCAUGGUCAGGCCGAUGGUCAGGCCGAUGGUGAGGUGGAUGGUGAGGUGGAUGGUGAGGCGGAUGAUGAGGCGGAUGGUGAGGCGGAUGGUGAGGUGGAUGGUCAGGCGGAUGGUCAGGUGGAUGGUCAGGACAAUGGUCAGGCGGAUGGUGAGGCGGAUGGUCAGGUGGAUGGUGAGGCGGAUGGUCAGGCGGAUGGUCAGGCGGAUGGUCAGGUGGAUGGUCAGGCGGAUGGUCAGGCGGAUGGUCAGGCGGAUGGUCAGGCGGAUGGUCAGGCGGAUGGUCAGUCGGAUGGUCAGGACAAUGGUCAGGCGGAUGGUCAGGCGGAUGGUCAGGUGGAUGGUGAGGCGGAUGGUGAGGCGGAUGGUCAGUCGGAUGGUGAGGCGGAUGGUCAGGUGGAUGGUCAGUCGGAUGGUCAGGACAAUGGUGAGGCGGAUGGUGAGGCGGAUGGUCAGGUGGAUGGUGAGGCGGAUGGUCAGUCGGAUGGUCAGGCGGAUGGUCAGGUGGAUGGUCAGUCGGAUGGUCAGGACAAUGGUCAGGCGGAUGGUCAGGCCCAUCGUCAGGCCUAGCCUCAAACCAGUCCCUAUACAAUGUCUUAUUCUUCUUGUCAACAGC